UUCCUGGAAACGGUGUGGACCCAUAAUUUUUUUUGUUUUGCCUAUUUAACUUUGAUGUUUUCUUUUUUUAUUCUCAUACGAAAGAAAUAUAUAUAAUAAUAAUAAAUACUCACAGAAAUAGGGGAGGGUGAGGUGAGCGAGGGUAGGUGUGAGAUUUGACCAAACCACCUCCUCUUCACAACAACAGACUCUUCCACUCUACUUCCCUCUCUCUCUCCUCAUCAUCGUUUCCCAAUUCCCAUUUGCCUCCCUCUCUCUCUCUCUCUCUCUCAAUAUAAAAACCCAUCUCCAGCCUCCCUUUCUUCUCAGCUUGAGGUUCCCUUUUCCAGAGAGAACACCAAGCUUUCUUCCACCUCCCAAAACUUUUUCCAACUUCUCAUUCUUUUUCUCUUAAUUCCAUCUAACUCCCCAACACUCCCGCACGACACGACACAACACAAACACAAUGCAGGCUCUUCUUCCCCCCUCCUCUAAUAAUCUCAAAAUUAGCCACGUCCCCACCCGCCUCACCCGGGUGGCCCCGACCCGUUUCGCCGUGGUCAAAUGCGCCUACCGUUCCGACGCCGUCCACUUUCACAACGGCAUCGGCACCAGCCGCGCUGACUGGCAGAGCUCCUGCGCCAUUCUCGCCAGCAACGUCGUCUCCCAGCAGCCCCAGCCGCCUUCCGACAAAUCCGGAACUGCUGACCACGUUGCGUCGGUCAACGGCCACAAGACCAACGUUGACCUCGACCUCGUCCCCAUCGAGAAGCUCUCCUCCUCCUCCUCCGCGGAUGACAAGUCCUCUUCUCCCCUUCCGCCUCCCCGGGCCCUCACCAUCACCGACCUCUCCCCAGCUCCGAUGCACGGCUCGCAGCUGCGCGUGGCCUACCAGGGCGUCCCUGGCGCGUACUCCGAAGCCGCCGCCGGCAAAGCCUACCCGAAAUGCGAGGCCAUCCCCUGCGACCAGUUCGAAGUCGCCUUCCAAGCCGUCGAACUCUGGAUCGCCGAUCGAGCCGUCUUGCCGGUCGAGAACUCCCUCGGCGGCUCAAUUCACCGAAAUUACGAUCUUCUCCUCCGCCACCGUCUCCACAUCGUCGGCGAGGUCCAGCUACCAGUCCACCACUGCCUUCUGGCCCUCCCAGGGGUCAGAAAAGAGUACUUGAACCGAGUCAUCUCGCAUCCUCAAGCUCUGGCUCAGUGUGAGUUGACUCUGACCAAACUCGGCCUCAACGUCGCGCGCGAGGCCGUCGACGACACCGCCGGCGCCGCCGAGUUCGUCGCCGCCAACAACCUCCGCGACACCGGAGCGAUUGCCUCGGCUCGCGCAGCCGAUUUGUACGGCCUGGAGAUCCUGGAGACUGGGAUCCAGGACGACUCGAGCAACGUGACUCGGUUCGUGAUGCUGGCUCGGGAGCCGAUCAUUCCCCGCACGGAUCGGCCGUUCAAGACGAGCAUCGUCUUCGCUCACGACAAAGGGACCUCCGUGCUGUUCAAGGUCCUAUCGGCCUUCGCCUUCAGGAACAUCAGCUUGACGAAGAUCGAGUCGAGGCCGCACCGGAACCGUCCGAUCAGGCUGGUGAGCGAUUCGAACGAAGGGACGGCGAAGCAUUUCGAGUACCUGUUCUAUGUGGACUUCGAAGCGUCCAUGGCGGAGGUUAGGGCACAGAACGCGUUGGCAGAGGUUCAGGAGUUCACGUCUUUCUUGAGAGUCCUGGGAAGCUACCCCAUGGAUAUGACUCCUUGGUCUCCUUCCAGGGGCGAUUAGUGGAAUUACUUGAUUCAUUAGGCCCCUUGAUAGUAAAUUAUUACCGCAAAAAACAAGGACCCGGGAGAAAAUUUGAAUAAUUUCAAGUUUUCUCUCUCAUUCACUUUGUUACCUUUUCUUUUCUUUCUUUUUUUUAAUUUUUAAUUUUUAAUUUUGGUGGAUCUAAAUCUACAUCCAUGCCCAUGGUUUAGUCCAUUCCAUCCAUCCCAAACAAGUAAAAAGAAUUUGGAAUAUGCUGUUGCGUAAAUAUGUUUAAAAAAUUUGUGGGUGUUACGUGUAAGAUUGUAAAAUCUCCAUCUGUCAUUCAAAGACUCAA